CAGGAAAAUGAGGGCCUUGAAUAUUGAAGUUUUAAGAGGAAAAGGAAUCGGACAACAAUAUUACUACUUUCUUAUUUAUACCCCCCGCCCGCACCGCGUGGAAAGCUGUCUUGUUUCACCUAAUAGCUAGGGCUCUGUGCUAUAUACAGAGAGAAACACUCACAAAUUAACAUCAUUUAAUAGACGAACGAACAUCUUUUUAUUCCUUCCAAGGUACCUGACUUAAUUUCUAUGUCUAGCUCCUCCAUCAUCAUCACCAUAUGGACUGUUCAUAUUCAUGUACAAGUUGUCAAUUUGCAGGUAAAAAUGAGUGAUGAACAAAGACGUGCCCCUCGUUUGAAUGAGAGGAUCCUCUCAUCGUUGUCAAGGAGGUCUGUCGCCGCUCACCCUUGGCACGAUCUCGAGAUCGGACCUGAAGCUCCAAAGGUUUUCAAUGUUGUCAUUGAGAUAUCGAAAGGCAGUAAAGUCAAAUACGAGCUUGAUAAGAAAACUGGUCUCAUUAAGGUCGAUCGCGUCCUAUACUCAUCAAUGGUGUACCCCCAGAACUAUGGCUUCAUUCCUCGGACGCUAUGUGAAGAUAAUGACCCCAUGGACGUACUAGUGCUCAUGCAGGAGCCUGUCCUCCCAGGCUGUUUCCUUCGAGCUAGGGCCAUAGGUUUGAUGCCUAUGAUCGAUCAGGGUGAGAAGGAUGAUAAGAUAAUAGCAGUGUGUGCUGACGAUCCAGAAUAUCGCCACUACACUGAUAUCAACCAGCUUGCUCCUCACCGUCUAGCGGAAAUCCGCCGCUUUUUUGAAGACUACAAGAAGCUUGAGAACAAGGAGGUUGCUGUAAAUGAGUUUCUGCCUCCAAAUACUGCUGUCCAAGCCAUCCAAUACUCAAUGGACCUUUAUGCCGAAUACAUAUUACAGACACUGAGAAAGUAAUCAGAUGCUUCAUUCUGCCAUUGCAAGUCGUUUAAAUGAUUUAGCCACCCUGGCAACUUUCAUGUUAUAAUGCAGCCAGAUUGUUGUGUUUUUCUUUCAUAAUUAUUUUCCUUGUAUUUGUUUUGUCACGCAGUGAGUUGUUAAAUAUUAUAGCGGAAUUAACAAAUUAGAUAUCAUUCAUUCAAUUCAAUACAUGAAUCAAACUACUUCUUGUAGUCUAUUAUGUUGAAUCUUCAAAGUAAUUAUUGUUGAGA